CAAACAUCUAUAAUGAGCUAUUUACUUUGCUUGCCCAUCCCAGUAUAAAAUAUUAGCAUAUAAGCAAAAUAAAAAUCAUUUGUGUUGUCUGAAGGAGCCUUCUUCAGAUCAUGCAAUCUUGCCUCUAAGAAGCAUCAGUCAGAAAGGUUCCCAAGAUGCUACUUUACUCUUCUCUUUGUUUCUGCGUUCUCAUUGCCAUCUCAUCAUCUUUAACUAAGGAUGAGCUGUUAUCAAAAAUUGCCAAUAAACAUAUGCUGACAACCAAAGACGCUGCUUCCCUGAUUAAUGCUGGAAAACCCAACAUUUAUGAAGAAUACAUUGCAAGGGACUGCAGAGCAGCUCAAGUCCGUGGCAGGAAGCAAAGCGGCCUGUAUGUCGUCCGUCCCAAAUACUCUCCCUUGCUGGCGGUCUACUGUGACAUGGAGUAUGAUGGGGGCGGCUGGACGGUCCUGCACAGAAACAAUGUCAACACAAAGGCAGCCUGGUCACAGCCAUGGCUUUCUUAUAAGCUUGGCUUUGGGGACCUGCGGGGAAACCACUGGCUCGGCAAUGAAUACAUGCACCUCUUAACCAACCAGAACGCCUUCUCUGUACGAUUUGUCAUAGAGGACAGUCAAGGGCAAACCAAGUACGCGGAAUACCAGAGUUUUAAAGUGGAUGAUGAAGACAGUGGUUAUGCUUUGAGGCUAGGGAACUAUACAGGGGAUGCUGGGGAUUCACUGACCACUAUAGGCGAAUGGGGAACCCAUGACAACAUGAGGUUUUCUGCUGAAGACAAGGAUAAUGACCGGAGGGCCAGUGCAAACUGUGCACUAGAUAAUGGUGGCGGCUGGUGGUACGAUAACUGUUUCUCAGCCCUCCUAACCAGCGACAUUCGCUGGAGGGGAUUGUGCUCAGAGGCCAUGCCCUGUACAUCAGCAUCCAUCAUGAUUCGACCCAGUGGGAAAAAUUGCAACAUAACUCCAAGAUCUUAAUGAAUCGUUUCCUACCACUAUAAGAGGCUUCCUCUCGCUUUAGAUCAGCUCCAAAAACCAGCCACUAAUAUGUAGCUUUUAUAAGGCCCAGAGAUUUAGGACACAGUAGUUCUCCAGGAAUUUGUUGUGGACAAACCUCAUUGAAAGGAAUGAGAGCUACAUAAGAGCACAGUAGCUGUGUUCUUAAGCAACUCCCAUUCAUUUCAGUGGGGUUUAUCAGGAGAACUUCCCAGUGGUAUCUGCUAUUCUUUUCCACCCGCCUGAAACAACUGUUAACAUUUUUGGCCAAAAUCUAGUCUAUGUAUCGCAGUGCUGAUGUCAAGAGAAUUACAAUACCCUAUUGCACAUUUCUGAGUGUGAAAAAGUAGUAGCUUAUUUAAACGAGAAGACCCAUAUAGAGCUGAAAUAUCUUUAACUCUGUGCUUUUAAUGAAAAAUACAAAAAAUCAUUUGUGAUUUACAAAUACCUGCAAUAAAAGAGAGAGAAAUGGCUAUUGUUUCAUUGUCAAAUAAACUCUAUGCAAGCAUAAAUGGAGAAUGAUUUUGAAGUUGUUU